AUGGAUCAUUCCCAGUGCCUUGUGACUAUAUACGCCGCGGCGGUGCUGCUGGGGCUCCGGCUGCAGCAGGGCUCCUGCCAGCACUACCUGCACAUCCGCCCGGCUCCCAGCGACAACCUGCCUCUGGUGGAUCUAAUCGAGCACCCGGACCCUAUCUUUGACCCCAAGGAGAAGGAUCUUAACGAGACCUUGCUAAGGAGCCUCAUGGGAGGACACUUCGACCCUAACUUUAUGGCUAUUUCCCUGCCCGAGGACCGGCUCGGGGUAGACGAUCUGGCCGAGCUGGACUUGCUGCUGCGGCAGAGACCUUCGGGAGCGAUGCCCGGCGAAAUCAAGGGGCUGGAGUUCUACGAUGGGCUGCAGCCGGGCAAGAAGCACAGGCUGAGCAAGAAGCUGCGCAGGAAGCUGCAGAUGUGGCUCUGGUCCCAGACCUUCUGCCCGGUCCUAUACACGUGGAACGAUCUCGGCAGCCGCUUUUGGCCCCGGUACGUCAAAGUGGGCAGCUGCUACAGUAAAAGGUCUUGCUCGGUCCCAGAAGGCAUGGUCUGCAAACCUGCCAAGUCCGUGCAUUUAACGAUCCUGAGGUGGCGGUGCCAGCGGCGGGGCGGGCAGCGGUGCACGUGGAUCCCCAUCCAGUACCCCAUCAUCGCGGAGUGCAAGUGCUCCUGCUAGGGCUGCAUGCCCGCCGGGCUGCCGGGGACCUUUGCUGCAACACAAACAAGAGACACUGCUUUCUGGUUAACGUUGUAAUGCACUGUAACGUGUAGGAGAAUGUAUAUUGUGUGUAUAUAUGGCACCGUUUUAAUAUACUAUUAAAAGGUCAGUAUUAUACGUGAAAUAAUCAGCGUCUACUGUAUUUUUAAGACUAUUACCCUGAUCGUUGCUAAUGUAUCUUUUUUUUUUUUUUUUUUUUUUUUU